ACAGUGGUGGAUUUAGCGAGUCUUCAUCUAAACAGAUGUUUUAUUUUGGUUUAAUUGCGCAUUAGGAACAGUCCGAGAGCGUAUUUGACACUUUUAAGAGCACUCACAUCAUGGGUGUCUUUUAAUGUAAUGGAAAGUGGAACAUGUUUCUUAUUAAAUGGCAGUUUAAAACAGAAAUAGUUCAUCAGCCACGCAAACAUAAACCUAAAGCCCCAGUUACACACUGUGCAGCUGUAAAAAGAGCCUCAUUUUAUAAUGUUUCCAUUCACAUUACAUUUUUUCCCCUCUGCGUAACAUGCAGUCGUCUUUUCCCCGUGUUACUUCACAGUCGGCCAACGCAUUUUUUCUGUCUUCUUCCCAGACUUUUUUCCUUUUUCUUUCCUUUUUUUUUCUUUUUUCUUUUUUUUUUUUCAUGUGGGCUAAUAUACAGGCCGGCGCUGCAAUUUCGGAAUCUGCCCUUGUAUAUGGCGGACGAAAAUUUCCACAGGAGGAACCGCAACACAAACCCCUCUGUGCAAGGCAGAAACCGAAGAGCUUUGCACGGACCUAUUUAACCUCGACAAAUUCAUGCCUCAUUACGCCAUUGCGCUUUACUAAAAUGUAACGUAGCGACUCGCGCAGGAAGCAGUUGUGCAGUCACCUCUGGUCGGGGAGGGAAGAUUUCUGGAGCGCGAGUCUGCUUCGCAUGAGCUGCAUCGUUUUUGGAGAAGCAGAGGCUCAGAGGAGGUGGAGUCAUGAGUGCACAAGAGGCGCCGAAUCCUGGGAAGGAGCAGGCAGACGGUGGGAGUGCAGCCACAGACGCCUCAGCGGCCCAGAGUAGCAGUCCACCACCUGUGACUGUAAAGAAAGAGCCUGGCACCUCAGAGACGAGCAAUGGGAAAGCCAGUGAUGCCAACCCUGCUGAAAUCUGUGUUGUUAUUGGGGGGAACGAUCGAGGAGCAGGCGGAGGUGGAUCCCGUAGAGCGCAGACCGAGGGUAUGUUUGCCCUUGGUACUCCUCCACCAACGAAGAGCACAGACUCAUGCAUAGGUUCCUAUGUGUGCGGGGUAUGUGGGAAGAAGUACAAGUAUUACAACUGCUUUCAGACGCACGUCAGGGCACACAGAGAAUCAGAGAGCAUGGUUGCAGAUGGUCUGCCCCAGACACCCAACAGCAACUUCCGUUACUCCUGUGACAUUUGUGGCAAGAAGUAUAAAUACUACAGUUGCUUCCAGGAGCACCGUGACCUGCAUGCAGUUGACGAUCCAUAUGAACAGGUGGUGUUACCUGUGGACGGCCUUAAAGAAGAGGAGCCAGUUGAACCCUAUCAGAAAAUUGGACCAAGGGACAAAGCUCUCGCCCACCUCAGCAGAGACCGCAGGUUCAACCGAUGGCAACGCGUGUCCCUUCAAACACAAUUGGCAGUGUUCGCAGAAACCGGAAGCUAUGUUUGUGAGUUCUGCGGGAAGCAGUACAAGUACUUCAACCCGUACCAGGAGCACGUCGCGCUUCACACACCAAUGGGCUCAUUUGAUUUGAAGUCAUCACGGGUACAAGAAUGCGGAAGCAUGGACAUCGGUAAAUUUGGCCACAGCCAAACCAGUAAAAUAAAAAACAGCCCGUUCAGGCGGAAACUGGAAAGCGCGAUUCAGUCUAGUCUGGUUGACACAAACAGUUCGCAGAACUCAAGUGGAACUCCGAGCCCUCUGGUGGCCAGCACAUUCUCUACAACACAGAAACCGUACACUUGUGGUGCCUGUGGCAUCCAGUUCCAGUUCUACAACAACCUGCUGGAACACAUGCAGUCCCAUGCUGCCGAUAAUGAGAACCACACCAAAGGGGACUCACCCAAAGCCUCUUCAGCCUCAGGGCCUCAGGAGCAGUUGUGGAGAGGUUCUCCGGCUCAGGCCCAUUCCUCAGUUAAACUACAAAUCCAGCCUCAAAGUAUCCCCCAGAGGAACCAUGCACUCAGCCAGAAUAACGGACUACCUGAGAAGGAACGACAGCAGGUGGCUGAGCGCCUAUUACGGGUAAUGUGUUCAGACCUAAGCAUGCUAAACGUGCUCAACAGCAAGGACUUCCUGAAGUUGGCACAGACCCUAGUGGAUACAGGUGCCCGCCAUGGUGCCUACUCCACCCGUGAUGCUCUUGGCAACAUGAGUGCCUUGGCACUGCGCCAGCUGCCCCGCAUGUACAACCAAGUGAAAGUCAAGGUCACGUGUGCUCUGGGCUCCAAUGCUUCGCUCGGCAUCGCCGUCACCUGCCACUCCCAGACGUCUGGCCCCGACGCUUGCUUCGUUCUGACGGCCUACCAGGUGGAGGGCUCCAGACUGAAACGCUACGUGCUCGGCGUAAGGGAGGCCGAGCUGAGGGAAGGGCCCGAGCAGGUUCACCACUGGGUGCAGAACGUGCUGUCUGAGUUCGUCAUGUCAGACAUUCGCACCGUGUACGUCUCCGAGCCCAGAGUGUGGGCAGCGGGAUUUGGAGGAUCACCGCUGGGAGGCGGCGGCCGGGGGAGGAUAUGCCUGCGAUGCGCUGGGUGUUCACUCGGUGCCGUCGUUCAGGCUGUCCUCGGCAAGCGCAGCCUCCAGGCCAGAGGGCUCCACGAGUUAGCCGAGCUCCUGUCGACGUGCAGAGAUAUUUCCUCCUCAACCACGCUGACCCUUCGCGACGAGCAGUUCACCAACACGUCCACAAGCACAACCGAGGAAGGUUCACAGGGCAGCCCUGCACAAUGCCCCACCCCUCCUUGCUGGGAUCGUACCGCUGAAGCGCUCCUCCAGGUCCACGCCCACUUCGAACAUAUUUGCGAGGCUUACGGUCGCAGUAAGGCCACAGCUCCAGUCCUCCAGGGUCUCAACAAGCAUCUGCUUAGCACACUGGCCUGUCUGCUGGCACCACUACGCCUGGCGGCUCUGGAGCUGAGCAGCCAGAGGAGACCAACCUUACAACAGGUGCUGCCCGUCUACCUGCGCUUGGAGAAGUUUUUUACAUCUAAAGCGGGAGAGGCUGGAACCGGCACAGCUAGCAAACUCUGCCACUAUUUCCUAGAAGCACUCAAGGAAAACUUCAAGGUUGAACGAGCUCACCAGGUAGCCAUGGUCCUAGACCCACAGCUCAAGCUCCGUUCGGUGCCGGCCUAUCAGCAUGAAGACAUAAUUUCCCGCGCAUGUGAAAUGGCGUCCGAACCCAGGGAUGGAGGUAUGACAAGCGGUGGAGGUUCAGGUGGCGAGGAGCGGGACGCCGAUGGCCCACCCACCCCGAAAAUAAGCCGCGUGGAGGGAAGCGCAACCAACAGCGCCUCCUCAAGGGGGACCUCUUGCUCAGUGUCUGGUAACGAUGAGAGUCAGAGCCAGGUCAGGCAGGAGAUUUUUCAAUACCUGGCCGAGCCUCUUCUCCAGGGUACACCAGAUCUCUUCCAGUACUGGAGCUCAACGGUGGGCGAGAAGUUCCCCAGGCUCGCUCGCCUGGCGCUGUGGCUCCUGGCGGUGCCGGCCGUGGGCAUACGGAGCGAGUGCGUGACUGUGUGCGAGCAGAGCCUGGCCAUGAAGAGGAGGCAGCAGGUCACUGCUGAGGAGAUGAACAAACUAAUUUUCCUUCGCUCUAACAUGGGCUAGAAGAAAAAAACCCAACAAACCCCAAUCAACCAAACCUUCACCUCCAACCAAUGACUCAAGACUAUUAUUUGUAUACUGUAGGUUUAGACCAAGUGUAAACAUAAACGUGUAUGGACAUUGAAUUCUUCUCAAGACAGAUAUUUACUGAACAACUCACAUUGUAAAGGUUGCAACACCCAUAAAACAAUGCGGCUUAUCAUGUAUUUUGUAUGGAGAACGGACUGUUGUCAAGUACUGUGGAAGAAGUGUAGGGGUGGAACGGUAGCUCUCAAAAGACUGUCCCGUUUGGUACGCUGCCCUCGGUUUGGGAUGCACACGUAAGCAGGAUGAGUUUGGUCUCUUCACAGCUAGUGAUCUGAAUUACUCCAGCCUAACAACUAAACUGCUACAAGGCUAUAAUGCUGUUAUUCUCACUGGAUGACAACAUUUUCAGGUAAACUUUGCAUUCGUUGCUUGAAGCUACUGUCAUAGACCUCUGAAAACACUCGUACUAGAAGUUGUUGAAGCGGGAUGUAGUGGCAGCGUGCUGUAGCAAAUACAGUAUGUCGCACAGUUUUCUUUGGUUUAUGACAAAAACAAAGUCAAGCGGUGAAUCUUCACUGCCAUUGCACCUCUGGUAUGUAAGUGCACUAGGUUUAUGAUUUACUGUCACCUGUCACUGAAAAUAUUUUUCUUUUCAAAGUAUUCAGCCAUGUACAGAUAACUGAAAGCAAAACCAUUGCAGAUGAGUUGAUGGUCGCGUCAGUGGCCUCAAACUAAAAAAAAGAAAAGGAAAAAAAAAAGUAGCUGACAAAUCAUUUUAAAAGUGAGUUUUCCUUUUUGUUAACAUUACAAAAUUGCAAAGAAAAGCCAUCCAAAGGUUUGUUUAUUCUUUUUUUUUUUUUUUUUUCCUCUAGAAUUAAUUCAAAAGGUCCUAUGCUGCUAGAUAUGCAAGUCACACUGCUAGACUUGAACAGAACUUGAGAGCUGACAGUUAACGUUUGGUUGACUUUUCUUUACAAGUGUUUUUGUUAAUUGUGCAAAGAGGAAAGCGUCACAUUAGGAGCCGGUUGGGGUCGGUCUUCACACUGAUUCCAUUCAGCGUUACUAUUUUGUAGCUGGGUUUCACCCACAUAGAAUGAACUAACAUGUUGGCUUGGCAAUCCUUAUGCUAUCCUUCUAAUAUUUAACAGUACAGAGGGUGCUUUACCCUCAGUUAAACAGCAGUAAUAUUAUUAGCCAUCAGUUUAUAAGCUUGUAGGCAAGAAAAGGUUUAAUUUAUAAUUGCAUAAAUAUGUUGUAUGUAUUUGUUUUUCACGCAAAAAAAAAGGCUUUCCAUAGGAGGAGUAUUACUUUAUUUAUUAUUCUUUCCUCAUUUAUCUUUCUAACAUAGAUAUCGUCUUCCUUACGUGAGCUACACAUUUCCAUUUUCGAGGCAAUAAGCUUUAUCACAGGGCAUAGUUUCCAGCUUUAUCCGACUGUUUCCUCUACACUCCUACAGUUAACUAUUAAAUUAUUUUAUGUUUUUCGUGAAAUCAACGGGAUUCUCUCAGGAAUGAGCACACCCAAGCAGGCACCGCCACUUUUCCUCACUGUACCGGAAAGAAACCAAACUGUGACCUCAAUGCCGAGGUAUGUACUGAACCGAGACUUUUGUGAAACGUUCCACCCCAAAACGCAGUUAGUGCCACACGCAACAAACGACGAAAAAGGAAACCUCGAGAGGGUGCAUUUUUUUUACAGGACGAAACCAAUUCCCGCCAGUGCAUUCACUAAAGUCAAACGCAUGCAUGCUCAUGAAGUCAAGUUAUUUAUUUUUUUAUGGAUUCUAGUAUACAUUUACUUGAGCUGAUACCUCCUACAAUGACUUGGAUGAAUGGAAGCUAUGCUGUAACUUUUGUUUGUUGCCUCUGGUACUAAUUGGUCAAGUACUAGUUUGUGAUCUCAGUUUUUUGGGCCUUAAGUCUCUCUCAUGUGAUCACCUCAAAUCCUCCAGUCAGAGCCGACAACCAUGCCUUUUAUAUUGCUGUUCAAUGGCCUUCUUUUGUCAUAUUUUUUAAAGCUUAUAGUUUUUGUUUUGUUUUUCCUCCCAACUCCUCUAGACUCAAAGGGACUUGAUGGCUUAUGGUGUCCUCUAGUGCCCAAAUGAGGACUUUCCAAUCACGGGCAACUGUGGUAUUUGCCAAGUGCUUUAUUACGGUAAUAUAUUUAACAUUAACACACCGAAACACAAGCAUCCACUGCAUAAACUGACUCCGUAGUAGUAGUAGUGACGUUAGCAGAUCUUUAUUGGGGCUAUAACAGGUGUUCUAAUAUGUUUGAUAUUGAUACUGUGAUAUGAAACUCUCGUCCUGACUCUAACAUUUGUGGUGCAGGUUGAAUAUUUUAUUUGCCAUCCUAAAGGCCGUAAAGUGAUUUAAUCGCGUUCAUUUUCGCCACAGCUUAAAUCACCUGUUCUUUAUUCAGAUAUUAACACGUAAUCAAGUCUGAACAAAUCGCCUCGUCGCCAUAUUAGCAACAGCAAAAUAUAUUUUAUCAGUCUUUUUUUAUUUUUUUUGUCAAGUUGCCCAAGUUUAGGCAAUAGGGCGACUUAAUUUACAGACGUGUUAUAUAUUCCCAGUCAUUCCCACCAGAUGGGAGCUCACCUCUGUUCAGCUUUGACUUUGCCGAUGUGCAUGAUCGACCAGUAGAAUUAGUCACUAUUCCAAAGCUUUGCACCACCUUGUUUUGUACAAUAUAAUUGACUUAAAAACUGCCACAUUAACCUCACAGUAAUCAAUACUUAUUCAUGAUGCUAAUGCCGCGUCCUUCUUUGAGGCUGAGCGUCGGGCACUUUUACUAAACGCAAGGUUGAGGUGACCUGGGAUGUCGGCUCACAGGAAAACGGCCUCUCUUUGAACAUAAUGAGGAGGAGGAGGAGCCGAAUAUGAGAAUAUGGAAGUUCAUAUGCUCCACCAAAAGGCCAUUGUUUCAGUUUUUCCCUAUAUAAGGACAUCCGUCAGCUUUCUUUUAGAGUGGCAUUACAAGUGUAAAACAUAUUUCUAUCAAUUACAGGUUAAAGGCUCUGCAGUGAAAACUGUUUAACAAUCACAUAAGUUGUUUUUAAUAGACUGUAGCCCUCUUUACCUCCAAGCUUUGAUUUUCUUAACUGCUUUUUCUCUCCCGAAUGAUUUCUUAAAAUGUCUGAUGUGUUCUUUUUAAUAUAUUUUGGUAAAAAAAAAAAAGAAAAGAAAAUUACUGUAAAUUGUAUUUAAUUUUUUAAGUACCGAUCCAAUGUUUUACCUCAGUACUCAGAAGGUAGUGUUGUAAUUUAAAGAUUGGAAAUCAGAUGUUGAUUAAAGAAAAAAAAAAAAGAUAUAUAGAUAUUCGUUCAAAGAAAUAGUCAAAAUACUGUACAUUGGUUUGGGGUUUGAAGCGUGAUCCUCGACUGAACUGAUGAAGGGAUUUUUCUUACAGUUUUUAAAUAAGUAUUUUCAAUAGGAUAUGCUCUGGGACAAAAUGCCAUCGUUGACGUAAUGAUGUCAACUUAAUUUUAGUCAGACCUAGCAUUCUUUUUGUUGAUUAAAUGAGAAUUAUAUCUAAGAUAUGCAUGCUUUUAAUAAGAGUACGGAUAUAUAACGUUAUUAUAAGCCAGUGUUUCUCAUUAGAUGGAAAUGAAUCAUCAUUGGCUCUGAGUUGAUGUUAAUUUAAGACAUUCGUGAAGAGUCAAGGCCAGAAAACCCGGACUGAAUUUUAACCUUUCAAGGUGGAAGUAGCUACGCUGAUCUUGGGCUGGUGUUUAUGGGUUGACAUCAUCCAUUUUCAGAGAGGAUGUAUUAUGUAAAUACAAGAGAACUGCUGUUUUUAUGCCACAAGGGGGCACCUUCAUUUCAGAGAUAAAGUAGGGAGCACCAAUAACAUUAUACCUCUUUUUUCUAAAGUAGCAUUUCAAAAGGUUUUGAUAUAAUAGAAAACUCAACUUAGAUACUGUUACUAGGAAACUGAAAUCAGCUGUAAGUUUUAUUUUGUUUCAGGACUUUAACUUAUUCAGAUAAUAAAGGUUCAGUUGUAAAAUGUGGUAUACGAACGCUAACACGGAGAUCCUGUUAUGUUUUAUGGAUUAAUAGUCUGUUUUAUCAAUUCAGGUUAAGAAAUUAGUGUUGCUUUCAUCUUACUUUACAGGCAUUUCUUCCUUUUUAUACUCUGCUAAAAUGCAAAAAAAAGAAAAAGAAAUCUACGUUUGAUUCUGUUCAUUUUGUCUUUUUAUCGCACUUUGGCAGCAGGUUCUUGUGUAGAUUCAGAUCUGAGUUGUCUUAUUAGUAAACCUAAUUUAUACUUUUGUAGCAACACUAUUUUUAUAUAAUGGCAAAGAAAGGGUUGAGUGUCUUUUAUUAUUUUUAUUAUUUUUUUUCCUUUCCUGUGUCAUAUAUGACAGCGCUGUUCAAUGUUUCUUGGAUACAUUACCCACUGUAGUAUGUUAUGUGUGAAUAAACUCCAAAUCUGUGUCAA